UGUAAAUUUAUUGCUAACUAAAAUAACCUCGUCAAAUAAAAAUUAAAUCACAAGUGACAUUUAAAUUACUAAAAAUCAAACCAAUAAAUUAUUUAUAACCCAGCAAUCAUUUUUGUGGUCAUAAAAAUAUAAAUUUUGGAAAAUCGAUAUUAAAGAAAAAAAAGAUGUCUAUUGAUGAUGAAAAAAUAAGAGGGAUAGGAAAGGUAUUGAAUAAUGAAACGAGGCCGUUGAAAGAGCGAUUUCGUGCAUUGUUUUCAUUGAAAAAUAUUGGAGGUCAACUGGCGAUUGAGUCUAUAGAACAAGGAUUUAAAGAUCCAUCAGCUUUGUUGAAGCACGAGCUUGCUUAUUGUUUAGGACAAAUGCAGGAUCCAAGAGCUAAUCCUGUUCUUAUUAAUGUUCUCAAGGAUGUUAAUCAAGAGCCUAUGGUCAGACAUGAAGCUGGUGAAGCACUAGGAGCGAUCGGAGAUGAAAGCGUAAUUCCAAUAUUAGAAGAAUACAGCAAAGAUCCAGUGAUCGAAGUUGCUGAGACUUGUCAGCUAGCUUUGAAUCGCUUGAAGUGGUUGAAAAAUGCUGAAAAAUCAUCAGAUAAAUCCUCAGAGAAUCCUUACGCGUCAGUGGAUCCUGCUCCGCCGUUACCAGUUCAAGAUGUUGAAGAAUUGAAAACUAUUCUGCUGAAUGAAGAACUCAGUCUUUUUGACAGAUACCGAGCAAUGUUUUCGUUAAGAAAUUUACGUAGCAAGGAAGCAGUUUUAGCGCUGUCUGAAGGCUUGAAAGCAAAGAGCGCUUUGUUCCGCCACGAAAUAGGAUUUGUGUUGGGGCAACUUCAAGAAGAAGUAUCUGUUCCAUACUUGCGCGCUGCACUAGAAAAUCCAGAAGAGGAUGAAAUGGUAAGACACGAGUGCGCUGAAGCACUGGGUUCCAUUGCUCACCCGGACUGUCAAACAAUUUUAAACAAUUACCUCGACGACAAAAAACGCGUCGUACGCGAGAGCUGCGUUAUUGCUUUAGAUAUGUGUGAGUAUGAAAACAGUCCGGAGUUUCAGUACGCAGACACUAUCAAUAAAAUUUCAGUCACAUAAUUAUCAUUUUAAAUUGUUUGAUAAAUUUA